AGUAAGUUCACACAUAUUUAGAGUGAAAAACGCCGGUUUUGUGAACUCACUUGACGAAAAGAAAGAGCGAGAAGAAAAAAGUUGCCAAAUCAAAAUGGUCACCGAGCCGAAGUCCGUUGAGCCCAAGGUCAGCACCAAGGAGGCGCAGUGCCAGUCAUCGGACUGCGAGGCUUCCCAGCAGGAGCCGGUCUCGCAAGUAAGCAGCCCGAAGGGCGCCCGUGUGGGGAUCUUCAAUGCCGAGGACUUCUUGUCGCGUGCUCAGAUGAAUGACAAAAUCAACAACAUCUUGCGCUCGCCCACCAUGCCGCCCAACGGGGUGCGCCAGCGCUCCGUCUACACCAACAACCCAUCGCCGCAAGCAAGCUUGCGUGUCGGCAUGACUGGGGGGCAGCUGUCCCAACGCAUGAGCAACAUCUCGCUGUCCUCCGGCACGGACUCCGUGGGCCACAUGGAUCGCGGCAGCAGCUCCAGUCUCGCUAGCAGCGACACCGUUGGCACCAACACCAUCACCAGCGGCAUUUCCAAGGAGUGCGCCAAUUACCCCGUCGGCAGUCAGUCGGCCCGUCCAUACGUCCAACUGCCGGGCAUACACAUUUCCAACCCUCCCCAGUACGGGCCAGGGAAUAUGCAGGAAAUAGACGCUGGCAAAAUGGCGCACAACGGCAAGGCACUCACAGGGCGCUACAAUGCCACGCCCACCUAUGGCUUCGACAACGAGCAGAACUACUGCCUGAAUUCCCAACAGUUGCCGUCUCCAUUGCCCCCUCCACCAUACGCCUUGGCACGCGUGAGCAGCACACGCAACUUCGAGCUCGAGAACCACACACCGCCGGCAUGUCCCGGCUCUGGACCCAUUCCCAUGACGAACGGCACCAUCCAGUUGCGCCUCCGCGAUGGCGUGCGCAUUGACAUGACUCUGGAUAAGGCGGUGCGCGUGCUCAAUCAGCGCAGCAUGGUGGCAGUUGCUCUAUCACGCAACUGCAGCAACUCGGCUUUGAUCCACCCCAAUGGACGCAUCUUUCAGAGCGGCGCUAAAGUCGAAAUAGUCACCUACGACGGCAUGAAGGGCAAUAACUUUGUUCGCUAUGCCAAGAUGUGGUACAAGGGUGUGAGCUUCACCAGCGAGGCGUGCGCUCUCAUCUACCUGGGGGACACAGCCGGGACGCGCACCACAACCGACACUUUCACCGAUCUGACCAAGGACUACACCCUGGCAGUGUUCUAUGACGACUCGCGCCAUGGUCCCUCUUAUAUGGCUGAAGCCCAUGACGUGAUUGCCAAUUCAGCUUACACCUGUACCGAGGAUGGCACUGAGAUCUAUGACAUAAACGGAUUUCGCAUCACCCAGGCAGCCGAUGGCCUGGUGAAGGUCACUCGUGUGGACAACAAGUGCUUGAUUCGCACCAGUCCCGGCAAUGGAUCGGCCACUUUGACCACACCUGGCAUCCAUUGCACUGCCUCUCUGGGCAAGACCUCGCAUCUGUUUGUUCGUCGCAAUGAGAAGCGCAUGCACUUCGAUGGAUCCUGUUUCAUUGUACGCAACGCCGGACACUCCGCCGGCUUCAAUGAGAACAACCUGCUCAUUGUCUACUGAGCGGCGUUCGUAGUCCGGAAAUAGAAACGCAGUGGUAGCCCAUCCCACACGCACACACUCACACAUGUCAACACAUUUCACCUGGAACACAUACAUAGACACCUACAGCA